GCAGAUGUAUCUGGUGCACUCACAGUACACAUCCACCAUUUUUCGGCGUUCUCUUCGGUUAAGCAAGAGGCGCCAGCAAAGAAGCGGAAGAAGAACCUUUUGAACUCUCUUCGUGUUUUUCUUUUUCACUUGUACUGGCCAUUAAUCUCGAGAUAUAUGUACUUACGUAUUCUCAUAUAUAUAUAAUAAACUUUUCUUGUGGUGUGUGUCGCACCACAAGAGCGUUCUGUUUUUCAGGUUUCCCGGUUUCACAAUCGGAGCGUGCUGAGACCCCAGACUCACCAGCGUCUUGCAUGUACGUGUAAUCCUGCCUUUCCGUCACACCUACGAAGCGUUCCUAAUAGAGCCGAAAACAGCCACACACUUUACGGCGAUAACUCCGUUCUCUUUUUUUUUCUGCUUUCACCGUCUCAUCGGCUGACCACGUAACAGUAAACAGCGAGUAAGGUCGACGUGAGCGUAAAACAAUACAAAAGAAAAGCCCUAUUUUUUUUUUCCAGAGCGAAAACCUGUAAAGCGCGAAGAAAUAAUCAUUAAAGCGGCGGAAGAAGAGAAGAAAAACUGAACCAUGCUUCGCAAGCACGGCUGGCGACUAGGGAGAAAACUUUCGUUCUAUUACCGCAAUGUGAGCACCGUUCCGGAGCCAAAGAAGGCCGAACUUGGCGGCGAGGAUGCCUUUCUUUCGCUGCACAACGUCCAAGCAGUGCUCGAUGGUGUAAGCUGGUGGAAGGAAAACACCGGUGUCACGGCAGGGCUGUACAGCGCUGCCCUCGCCCGCACCAUGUACGAGUACAUCGAAGAUGAGCUCCUUGGAGACACCCCAGCCAGCUCGUUUCGGCUUCUCGAAGGCUCCUCUGAGAGCUGCAAGCACGGCGACGUCUUCGGCACCUGCACCGCACUCGUUGCCACCUUGCAAGAGCCGCGGGUAGAAAUCCAGACAAAGGACCAGUAUGAGGUAGUGCUGCUCGAAGGGCCGUCGCUGCGGCUUCCAGACAACAUAGCGGUGGCGACGGCUGCGGCGCUGCCCCCUAAAAGCGGAGACGGUGUGCAAGAAGAGGACGGCGGGGAGAGCGGCACUGGGCUCACGUCCUCCGUCGUCGAGGUGCCGACCACGGCCGAUCUCCAAACCGCCUUUUCACACUUCCGUCGCACCGAUGACGCAGAGAAUUACCUGCUCGACAUCGCCUACGUUGGGGACUGCACCGUGAUGAUCAUACGCGGCGGCAAGGUGGUGUACACGACGGUGGAGCAGAGCCACUCCUUGGACUAUCCCUUUCAGCUUGGCACGGGCAGCGCCGACACCCCGAAAGACGGUGUGCGACGUCUUGUGCCAGUCGAAAAGGGCGACGUCAUCGUGAUGGGCAGCGACGGCGUCUUCGACAAUCUCUACCCCGCGCAAAUCGCCGCCGCUCUGUGGCCGCCGCUGGAGCAAGUGUACCGCCAGCACGGCUACGUUCAGCUGCCGGGCGAUGAACCAGGGAAGGCGGAGGCGAUGCUGCGCCGCCACUCACGCAGUGGAAACCUGCGAGCGUUGCUGGUGGACGAUAUCAUGGCGGCGCUGAAGGUCGGCUCGGAUGCGGUCAUGCGAGACGCUGCGGUGGUGGCCAACGACGUGCACUGCGACUCCCCGUACGCGUCGAAGUGUAUUGAGCAGGGCGCGCUCUUUGAGGGCGGGAAGCCGGACGACAUGACGCUGCUCGCCUCCGUCGUUGGCGAGUACGACGACGAAAACUCAGGCGAGCGCUUUUCCAACAGUGAAACUGCCUAUCCACCGCCCUACCGCGACUGGCCGUAG